CAGGCAGCGGCUCACUCAGGAAAUUCAAACACCGAAGUCGGUCACAACACAGACACGCUUCAUCUUCACAGCUCCAAGGUCACCGAGCCGGACAGCCAGCACAGGACCCUCACAUCCACCUCCAGUCUCCGAAGGUUUUAGGUAAUGGAGACUCGUCUAGGACUGGAACACGGUUUAUGGGGACUCGACUCGGACUCGGCCUCAGUGUAGAUCAACAUCGAGGUGGGCCAGGUAUGCCGCCCCCAGCCUCAGGCUCCCCCGCUGUGACCCCACCAGACGGCGGAUGGGGUUGGGCUGUGGUGCUCGCAUCUUUCAUCUCCAUUGGCUUCUCCUACGCCUUCCCCAAGGCCAUCACGGUCUUCUUCAAGGACAUCCAGAUCAUUUUUGGAGCCUCCUACAGCCAGAUAGCAUGGAUCUCCUCCAUCAUGCUGGCUAUCAUGUAUGCUGCAGGUCCCAUCAGCAGUAUACUGGUCAACACAUACGGCUGCAGACCCAUCGUCAUGAUGGGGGGCUGCCUCUGUGCCACUGGUAUGAUCCUAGCCUCCUUCUGCACCAGUGUGGUCCAGCUUUAUAUCUGCAUAGGAGUUAUCGGUGGACUGGGCCUAGCCUUCAACCUUCAGCCAGCUCUGACCAUGAUAGGAAAAUACUUCUUUAAGAAACGCCCCAUUGCUAAUGGACUGGCCAUGGCAGGCAGUCCGGUGUUCCUUAGUACUCUUGCUCCACUCAACCAGUACCUCUUCAACAACUUUGGCUGGAGAGGCAGCUUCCUGAUCCUGGGUGGCCUACUUCUGAACAGCUGUGUAGCUGGUUCUUUAAUGAGACCUCUGGGACCCCCACCCAGCAAGGUCAAGAAAGAAGAGGAGUUAGUCGCCAUGACCACUACAAAGGAAAAGCGCAGUGCCUGGAAAACAGUCAACAAGUACCUGGACUUGACGCUCUUCAAGCAUCGUGGCUUCCUGAUUUACCUGUCGGGUAACGUCAUCAUGUUCUUGGGCUUCUUCGCUCCCAUCGUCUUCCUCGCUGCCUACGCUAAGGACAUGGGUGUGGAUGAGUACUCAGCGGCCUUCCUGCUCUCUAUUCUGGCUUUUGUCGAUAUGUUUGCGAGGCCCUCCAUGGGGUUACUGGCUAACUCUCGCUGGGUCCGGCCCAGGAUUCAGUACUUCUUCUCCUUUGCUGUGCUGUAUAAUGGAGUGUGCCACAUCCUCUGCCCCCUGGUGGAGAGCUACACGGGUCUGGUGGUGUACUCCCUGUUCUUUGGCUUUGCCUUUGGCAUGGUGAGCUCUGUGCUGUUUGAAACACUGAUGGACCUGGUCGGGGCUCAGAGGUUCUCCAGUGCCGUUGGACUCACCACCAUUGUGGAGUGUUGCCCUGUCCUCCUUGGUCCUCCUCUAGCAGGUAAGCUGGUCGAUAUCACCAAAAACUACAAGUACAUGUAUUUUUGCUGCGGAGCCGUGGUCAUAUUCGCCAGCAUUUGGCUCUUCAUUGGGAACUUCAUCAACUACAGACUCUUGGAUCGUGAGCGAAAGAAUGCUGAGAUGUACAAACGGACUGAAACUGAAGAUCCAGACCAGGUCAAGGAUCAGAAAGAGGCUGACGGGGAGGCACAGGCUUCAGAGGAGCUGGUUGACAAUGAUCAAAAAGGGGAGGAGCCUAUGCAGCGGGAAACCAACAUCUAGAUCCUUCUGCACUGCCAUCCGCUCAUGCUCACAUUUCCCUCCGCGAUGAUCAAACUGAGCUCCACGCCAAGAGGUUCCCCUUGGUGUUCCACUAGGACCAGAUCUGGGUCCUCUGCACUUCUCUAAAACUAACUGCCAAAGCAACAAGGACAUUUCCUGAAGCUGUGAGGUGAAGGUCAAAGAUCAUCAGCUGUAUCUGAAAUAUGAAACAGGUCAAGUGUAACAUAAUGUAUGCAUGAGAGGAGGCUGUGAGUCCCAAAUAUAGCCUGUAGAUGUAGCUGUGUUUUUAUUUGUUUUUGCCACGUUCACCUCAUAUCAGGUUGUAAAAUAUUAGACUGGAGACAGUAACGCUAGCAAAGCUAGUGGCUAACAGCCAGGAGGGAGACUUAGAGCGGGUCUGCACUAACGCCACAGAUACUAGAGCUACAGAGCAGAUAUUAGGAGCCUGUUUAACAAAUAACCAUCAGUUCUGCUUUAGAAAGAUCGGCUUUGACCACGGCUCUUUCAGUCCACUUAUUCGAAGCUGUAACCAUUCCUCUCUUCCCACUGCGUCCUCUGAUAUGACGUGAAUGCAGCAUCACUGUGUUAGAACCGCUCCAACGGCACCAGCAAUCUCAGUUAGAAGCAAAGGUCUUCUUAAAUUAAGAAGAAGACGCAGGGAUGGGGUCUCUGUGGUUGGACCGGUCUGUCGUUGAGUGAACAGGGCUGAUAAGAACCCGGGUCUCACUGACACUGCAGGUAACCUGGUUUCAAUAAGGCAUGUUAAUGAGUCUGUUGUUCUGGAUGUACCAACUCUACAAAGUAUGGAGCUAUUUUGGUAACAAAACUGUUUGCAGCUGUGUGCAUACAUCAGCACACAGAUCUGAAUAAGUGUAGAUAAGAUAUGUAAAAGAUGAAUGACAGAACCGUAUCACAGUGGUGGUUGAAUAUCUUUCUAUACUGGAUGCUUUUAUUGUCUUCUGUUUUCUAACAGCUGCCCCGCUCCAGUGCUGGUCCAUGUGAUGCCUAUGCCAUGAGGAAGGCGGCCUUGCCUGUGAGCCUGCCCUGAGGGCAACAAAACCCAAUGCUGACUCUUACAGAUCUGAGUAGACAUUUGCAGACCGUGCAUGGUCAUUUUUCUGACAGUCUUAGAGAGGCAGACUCCAGUUGUAACUGAUGUUGUGGGUAUUUUUGAACACUUAAAGCAGAAGAGUGGGUUUUCAACUAAGUCCACAAUUAUAAAUUGGUCUAUACAUUUGCAGAUAUGUGCACACAUCUGAAAAUCUAUCUACCUGCUUUCAGAUUUGUGUGCUGAUAUUUGUACGCAGUUGCUAAUAGUUUUGUGACAAUAAUAGUUCCAUAAUAGGCAGCAAAAUGUCAGCAAACAGAGCAAUCUCUUACAUUUUCAUUGGCCAGAAAGAAUGGGAGCACCUGCUAGAGGUAAUGUUUCUUAAUGACAUGGUAGGGGAACCAGGAGUUAAGAUUUGAUGGUAGUCAGCCAUUGAGCUAGAAGGGAUUUGGUUGCAUUCCCCUUAAUGGUUGGUCAACUCUGCAGGAAGUCCAAACCCUUGAUGACUUGUUGAUUGCAUGUGAAUGCUAUGUUGGCGAUCCCAGUGAACCAGAACUGACCCUUUGUCACGCCCUGCCCUCUGAGGUCUCUGUUGGAAGGUUAGACAGGAAAAAUCUCUGAAAUACUCUCAAACCUUUCAGUUAAAAUGAAGGGAUGUGAUUGAUUUGUUCUCUGUUGGAGAAUAAAGACAGAGGUGUAGCAGGAUAAAUCUACGCCACUGAUGUCCGAUGCUCAUGGUUAACUUUAGCCGUCCUCCUGCAGCACAUCAACGAAGUGUUUGUUCAGCAAAAAGAGACAAAGGAGACAAUUGACACCCUCCUCUGCCUUACCAGACUAACAUGAGGUGAAGUUAUGAUAGUGUGUUGGUACGAUAGUUUGGGGGAUUUUUUUAAGCCUAUUAGGGAAAAAAAUCUUCUAGGUAUGCCAAGGUGCUCCUGCAGCCACUCUAAAUCCAAAAACACCACAGUUUCCCCCCGAAGCACUGGAAAGACCAGGCCGAAGCUGUCUAAACAGGAAGUAGCCACUGCUAUGAGAGGGGUCUUUCUGAUUGGUGAGCCAGCUGUCCAAUCACAGAGCUACAAGGGGUCAACUGGUCCUUCCAUCUGGUGCCAAAAUAAAAUCCUGAUUGCAGUGUGUGUAAUGCUGCAGCUCUAACACUCUUCCAGAUAGAAAAGCACAGCUGUGCUCACAGCUGGUGACGGCGGCGCCCGUGUGUUUGUUGCCCACCUGAGCGCCGUUACGCCGUGUCGUAAAACCCGCAGACAUCCCACUUGAAAACUUAGAAUCAGUCAUAAAACGCUUCCUAUAACUGGUCCAUUUACCUGCUGCACUAAAAGGGAAACGACCGUACAUCCACCCUGAACAUCUCUCUAAAACUGCUGCAAUCCAGUGAAUUGAAUUAUGGUUGAAUGUAAUUUCCUCUGUGGGCCUUAAUAUGGUGUUAAUGACCAAAAGCAUCUGCAGUGUUAUUUUUCUGCAUAUAGAGCCCAUGAGCAAUAUUAUCUCUCACACUGUAAAGCAGGGAAACGAUCGUCCGUGAAGUGAUGCAUUGCCUUAAAUGUAAAAUAAAGAGGGUGGGGGUUGUACAGAGAAUACUUGAUAGUAUUAAAGGAGCCCGUUGUGUUAAAUCUGCUUCAUCUGUCUGAAUGUGAAUAGAGAUGUUAGCGCUAUGAGAUUAAGUAUUGUUGUGUCCAUGUGAACUAAUCCACUAACAACAUACUACUGAUGCUACUUAUCAAUGAAUGCUAAUCAAGUCUGUGUAUUCUAAUGUGUGCUAACCAUGUACUUGACUAACCCAUGAUUGUUCAUUCUUCCAUCCAUUCCACGUGUUUCCAGCCGUCACCUCUGCAGCUCUGAGCGCGCUCACGUUCUAACAAAGCCAAACACAUUUCAGUCUCAUUUUCAAAGCAAUCGUGAACAAACACAGCGUCACUGCUGCUGUUUUUAUGAAUAUUCUUGUGUUCACUAUGAUGAUAAUGGAUGUCCAGCUGUGUAGCGUGGUCACCACGUAGCGUCCUCACCUAAGGGUGCACUCAUACAAGGCCUGGUCGUCCCAUGGUCCUUCCUCUCCUCUGCUAGCCUGCACUCAUGCUGCUCCAUUCAAACUGGGCCUGAGCACGCUUCCCUGUUCCAUCACACCUUAAUAUUACACACAUGCAUGACUUUAGUUUGGAGGAGGUGCAGGCUCAGAGUCGGGGAACAGAGAGAGCACGGCUGUGGGGUCUGCUGCAGCUCUUUAACACGUCUCAGUCAAGGCGGCCCGUUGGUUUCACAUCGGUCGCGUGUUUGUCCGUUCUUGUUCUGAGCUGCCGUUCUGUGAGUGAAGGCCGGCUCAGACUGCACAGAUGCAGCCAGGUUUUUGUCUCAUUCUGACUCCCUGACCUGACCUCUGCAUCGGUUCCUUAUCUCGGCAUCAUCGUUUACCAGAGGGAGUCCCCCAAUGACCUCUGAACUCUCUCACAGUCUCAGAGACGGCGGUGACGUCAGCAUACGGUGAUGGUCAGGAUCAGACUUGUAGUGUGGCCAUCCUGGCAGGCAGGACGGGUCAGUAAUCUGACAUGGAGCUGAGCCGGUCUGUAGGCCAGCGCUGCCAACAGCAGGGUCCGGUCCAGCAGCCUGGACUGUGGGAGUCAGAUGUCCUGCCCUGUGUGAGUGCACCCUAAGACUCAUUGCAGCCAAACUGGACAUGAAUGUGGACUCUCUCUGGUCUGUGUCUGGAUCCGGGGGAUCAGUUGUGGUCAUGUUUGGCUGGAUGAACUCUCAGGGUAUCAGUGGAACAUUACACAGCAUAUCUGUCAUACCAUGUGUUGUAAAUGUGACUCAUUAGAAAGAUUUUUGCACAUUUCUGUUCAUGAAGCAGCUGACCUCCUUCAGCUUGCUUUUCUAACCAGAACUGUGUCCAAAUAUCUCCAUCAGAGGAAGAGCAAAGCUCUCAGUGAACCUUUACACAUGUGUGUGAGGGCUAGUCUUCACAUGUGUGUGUGCAUAGAUGCAGCCUAGUCCACCAGCAUUUCUCACAUCUAUCAUCACGUCUCUACUUUGGUUUUUAAACUUUCAUUCAUUCACUGAUAUCUAAUGUUGCUAUGCUGACUGCACAGUGACUGCUGUACAAUCACUUCUGCCAAAUAACACUGCCCCCUGCUGGUUGUAAACCACCCAGACCAAAAGACAGAGAAAGCCAAGCUUCCUUUCAGCAGGAGAACAAACUCACGUCAUUUAUUUGUCUUUAGAAGGAGCAAACAUGGCUCCAGGUUACCAGGAGACGCUGAUGAAAUAUUGUCUGUAUGAACUGUCUUUGAAUUUAUCUGUGAAAGAAAGAAAAGAUCAAAUGUAAAUGUGAGCUGAGGCCUGCACAUGAAGACAUCCAUGUUAGAUUAACUCCACUGUCUUUACAUGAGCAGUAGAUUUCUACCUACUGAGGAAAUGUUCUGAAUAAUGCAGGAAUAAUGUGCUUUUAUUUUGGACUUUCCUCAUAAUGUAGAAAUGAGUGUCUCCAUUCCCAGACCUCCAUGUAAAGAUGAUGUUAGAAAACAUGUCUUCAUGUUUAGUGCAUUUAAGGGGAGUACCACUGAAUUUCAACGUUUAGAUUCUAUGUAAGCAGAUAUUUUAACUUCUAUGGUUGUACAUUUCCUCUUAAACAUGCAGCAGAAAUAAACGGGACUAACGGGACCCCCAAGCUGAGGUUCAGGACCCCCAAAGAGGUCACAGCAUACAUCUCAGGAUCAAAUAAAAGGGAAAAGAACCAAACGAGUAAAAUUCAACCCAGAGCUAUUCACAGACCUCAGCAUCUCUCUGUGGGAGGCUCUGAUUGUCAAACUAGUCUACCAUAGUCCUGACCCCUACCCAUAAUCCCUAGCAGCUGCUGCCUGAAAUUCUGUGGUAUUCUCCUCACUAAAGCAUGUGUGUUAUUCCUUUAACUAUAAGCAAUAUCUAUCUGAAUAUAUCUGUGUGUAUUUCUGUGUGUUCUAGGAACAAAGGAGGCGUGUGUCUGAAUCCAUGUAGGCCUGAUGAAUGAGUGAAUCUUUGUUGCACCAGUAGCCUUACCUAAAUCACUGCUUGGUUCUUUUUCUUCCACAUGUGUAGGAUUAUGUUCAGACACAGAGGAUUAUUUAUGGAGUAGCUGAAGACCAAAUCUAGUGGAGAUGAAGGCAUAUUUUCACUGCUGUUCUCUUAUUUUUGUAAAAGCAGAUUCUGAAUAGCAUAGAGGUGAGCUGUUUUGUCUGGUGUGUGCUAUCCAUAUGCAGAACAUUGAGGCUUUAAAGCAGGGUUGUCCAACCUGAGGCCUGUGGACCAACAGCGGUCCAUUUGUCAACAUUAAUUCUGUGAAGAACAUUUUAAUGUGUGAAAGUUAACGAUGAAGAAAUAGCCAACCUCGACCCACAUCAGGAGUCAUGCCACCUACACGGUUAAAGACAGGAGGAUCCCAGCAGCACGGAGCACGCUCACUGGCGCUGCUCUCUGCUCCGUGUCAAGGUCACAUUUACAGAGCUCGCUGCUCCGGUCGUCUCCAACUUCAACACUCCUCUAAAGAUGGCAGCUUUGGGCCGCUGAAUGGAGACGAGCCGUUGGCGUCUUCCUUCUCUCCUGAGUAAGGGUGGAUCCUAAAAUCUGAUUGGCUAUGUGCUUUGUCUAAUGAAAGCAACUGUUUGUUUAAGCUCAGCUGGUAUUAAUAGUCUAAACCAGCGUGGCCCCGCCCCCCUGGUACUUCCCUGUAGGUGGCCCUCAGUGAAAGGAGCUUGGACACCCCAGCUUUAGAGUUACAGGGACAUUUGGUUUGUAAUGUAGAGCACUUAGCAGCGGUUAGCUAAUAUGACUGCAGCUUUAAAUCUGACUUUACUGAACUGUACAGGGUAGCCGUGUGUGUCACUGUGGUGUUUUAGCUCAGUUCAGUUUGCCAUAGGCUGUGAGAUGUACCUUUGUUUUGAUUUGCCCUGGGUCUAAGCCCCAUGAUGAAGUGAUGAAUCAUGAAUCUCUGCUCCUUCUUGAACAUGAAUUUCUUCCUAUUCUGGUGUUGGUGUGGUGAAACGUGUCAGUAUGUGUCGCUCUUGUCUGUAUAUGAUGGAGGUUUGCUACUGGAGGGCUGAAGGGCUGCGGCUGUUCUGCUAACUGUGCCUUACUCUAUCACCAUUUAUGUCAACACAGAUGCAUGGGUGUCAGCCUGUGUGUGUAGUCUUUCUGUGACUGAUCCUCUAAACUUCCUCCUGUCGGCUGGACCCUGCUGAUGACCAGCUGAUCUCCAGUCUAGGCUCCAUGCUCCACUGAUGGGACUCAGGAUGAAGGGUGCAGCAGUGCCUCAUCUGAGGGCAGGGGUGUCCACAGAUUUGGACUCAUGGGUGAACUGGGUCGGUGAUGGUCCUCCAGUAGCAGACGCUCCGUCUUUCUCAUCAGGGCAGAUUUCUUCUUUAUCUCUCAGAUUGUGUCAGUCCUUCACUACCUCUGCUGCCAUCAUGUCAGAGCGAGGAUAAACACCACACGGGUCUAAAAGCCUGAUUCUGUUUUUGUAAUUCUAAUGUUCUCACCGAUCACAGUAGAGAAAUA